UCACAUUUUCAACACUCAACCUCAACUUCAACAUAACUCCAACAACCCCCAAUUAUCAAGUGGCUAAAACCUAAAGUAAUCAAUCCACAAGAAGACGAACAUUGAAUUAUUCCUACUUAUCUUUUUUCUUCAUUUCUUCCCCUUUUAAAGCAACAUUUUUGCCUAACUAAAUUAAAUUAAAUUUUCUCAAUCCCUAGUUUAAUCAUGGCGAUCUUGCUGGAAGACUUAGUUCAAGCUUUGGAGAUGUGGCUGAAAUUGAUAAGGAAACCUCAUGAUCAACAGUUCGUUGACCCUAAUCUUGAUCCAGUUCUAUUAGUACCCGGAAUUGCUGGUUCUAUUCUUCAUGCUGUUGAUCAGAGUAAUGGACAUGUUGAUCGCGUUUGGGUCCGUAUUCUCGCCGCUGAUUAUGUUUUUCGAACUAAACUUUGGUCUCGAUUUGAUCCUAAAACGGGUAAAACAGAGUCUUUGGAUCCUAAUACAGUCAUUGAAGUACCUGAAGAUCGUCAUGGACUGUAUGCAAUUGAUGUCCUUGACCCUGAUCUGAUCAUUGGUAGGGAAUGUGUAUAUUACUUUCAUGAUAUGAUCACAGAAAUGAUCAAGUGGGGGUUUCAAGAGGGAAAAACACUGUUUGGUUUCGGAUAUGAUUUUCGACAAAGUAAUAGGUUGCAUGAGACAAUGGAGCGUUUUGCUGCUAAAUUGGAGUCAAUUUACACCGCUUCAGGGGGAAAGAGGAUAAACAUAAUAAGUCACUCAAUGGGUGGUAUCCUUGUUAAAUGUUUCAUGUCACUGCAUGCUGAUAUGUUUGAGAAGUAUGUGAAGAACUGGAUAGCAAUUGCUGCUCCCUUUCGAGGUGCUCCUGGAUAUGUUACUUCUGCAAUGUUGAAUGGUUGUUCAUUUGUUGAGGGAUGGGAGCAGAACUUCUUCAUAUCUAAAUGGAGCAUGCAUCAGCUGCUCAUCGAGUGUCCUUCAAUCUAUGAAUUAAUGGCCUGCCCCAAUUUCCAAUGGAAAAAUCCUCCACGCCUUGAGAUUUGGAGGGAGAAGCAUGAUGUUGAUGGAAACUCCUUUAUAAUGUUGGAGCCAUAUACUCCCAAGGAAGGUAUAUCCAUCAUUGAAGAGUCUCUAUUGAGUAAUACGGUUAACCAUGCAAGUGGCAGUAUGCCUCUUCCAUUCAACAGGAAUAUUUUAAAUUGGGCUAAUGAAACUAGGGAAAUUCUUUCUCGUGCAAAGGUUCCUCCUAAUGUUAAAUUCUAUAAUAUUUACGGAACCAGUCUUGAGACUCCUCACAGUGUCUGCUAUGGCAGUGAAGAAUCACCUGUUAUGGAUUUAGAAAAACUGAGAUAUUAUCAGGCCAAGUACAUUAAUGUUGAUGGUGAUGGGACAGUUCCAACAGAAUCUGCUAAGGCUGAUGGGCUCAAUGCGGCAGCUAGGGUUGGAGUACCAGGUGAACACCGAGGCAUCCUUUCUGACCAUCAUGUGUUCAGAAUAUUGAAACAUUGGCUGAAUGCUGGUGAACUUGAUCCCUUUUAUGACCCUCUCAAUGAUUUUGUGGUUCUCCCUACUGCUUUUGAAAUUGAGAAGUUUAAAGAGAGAUGCCUCAAUGUAACGCCAUGUUCGGAAGAAUGGGAAGUUAUAUCCGAAGAGCUAAUUGUGAAUGACGACGUGGAAGCCAAAGAGCGUCCAAUAAGUUUUAUAUCCAUUUCUGAAGUCGCAGUAAGUCAAGUUGCUCGUGUCUCUGUGCAAUAGUAUUCGUGCAGCGUAGUAUCCCUACAAUUGCACAAAUGCAGAUGUUACGUGAUUACUAUUGACCGUUUCUGGUUACCGGUUACCGGUUACCGGAAUCCUCUUAAGCUGGCUUAUCAUUUGGAAGAUGUAUUACUCAUUCUUAGUAAACCUAGCUGGAACAAGUUCUUUCAUGGAAAAAAUUUGUAUAAAUAUGUAAAUAUAGUCUCUACUUAUGUGUAUAGAUGUAUUGUAAAUAAAGAAUAACUUUCAUUUGUUCUAGUCCUAUUCUGUGUUCUUUCAUAUCUAAAAUUGUGUUCUAGCAAUAAAUUUCUGAAGCUUUAAUUA